UCUCUCUCUCUCUCUUUCUAUCUAUCUAGCUCUCUUUGUUCAAUAGCUUCUUUAUACUCAUCGCCUUCCUAGAUUAUUGAUUUUAGUCUUUUAUUGAUUUCUUUUUAAUUUUUCAUUCUUCUUCUUGUUAACUUUUCUUCUUACCUUACACGCGAUCCCACGCGAAAUUGAAUCCUUUUGAAGAUGUCUGAUUCAGAAGAUGAUAAACCUCUUUACAAGAGAGUUGCCCCAAAAGCCCCAACUCCAAUUCAAACACCAGUAAAGAUCGAAACACAUGAUCAAGCCUUUCCACAAAAACCUACCAAUUCUUCAGCUGAUGGUUCAAAGGUUGCAAAUGUCAAGCGAUCAAAUGAUCGCCCUGUAAAGCGCAACGUAAAACAAGAAGCCGACCAAGAUAACACCCCAUUGGCAAAGAAGCGUAAACAAUCAAACGGAACUACUGUCAAGAAAGAGUCUAAACCAGUCAAGAAAGAAACCUUGGCUGAUACCACCUCGGCUGCUGCUUCUCUCAAGCGUUCUGUGUCUUCUACUACUUCCCAAAAAGCUACUACUGCCAAAAAAGCCAAGACUGCCGAGCCAGCCGUAAAGGAAACAAAGAAAUCCAAAAAAGCCAAAGAAGAGGAGGAAGAGGAGGUCUACAGAUGGUGGGAAGAAGAUUCCCAAAAGGCCGAAGAUGGUGAUGAUAGUAUCAAAUGGACUACCUUGGAACACAAUGGCGUUUUGUUCCCACCAGAGUAUGUCCCUCACGGCGUCAAGAUGAAGUACGACGGAAAGCCAAUCACACUCACUCCUGAAGCCGAGGAAGUUGCCAGUUUUUUCGCUGCUCUUCUGGAAACAGAUCACGCCAAAAACCCUACGUUUCAAAAGAACUUUUUCAGAGAUUGGCAGGAAGUUUUGAAACAGGAUCCAAGGAACCCUGAGAUCAAAGAAUUCGACAAGUGUGACUUUAGACCCAUCUGGGAAAAGUUUGAAUUGGACAAGGAAAAGAAGAAGCAGGCAACAAAGGAAGAGAAGCAGAAAGCAAAAGAGGAGAGAAUGAAGACCGAAGAGCCAUUUUUGUAUGCAUAUGUCGAUGGAAGAAAAGAAAAGGUCGGAAACUUUAGAAUCGAACCUCCAAGUCUCUUCCGUGGUCGUGGUGAUCAUCCCAAGACUGGCACAUUAAAGAAACGCGUUACUCCCGAACAAGUCACUAUAAACAUCGGUCACACUGCCAAGGUUCCUGAACCUCCAGCAGGUCACAAAUGGGCUUUAGUUGCCCACGAUCAAACAGCCACUUGGCUCGCAACAUGGAAAGAGAAUGUCAAUGGCUCUUUCAAGUAUGUCUUUUUGGCAGCUUCCUCGGCAUGGAAAGGACAGAGUGAUAUGCAAAAGUUUGAAAAGGCUAGAGAAUUAAAGAAAUAUGUCAAGAAGAUUAGAGAAAAUUACACUGCUGAGUUAAGAGAUAAGCUUAGUGAAACCAGACAACGUGCCACUGCCAUGUAUCUCAUCGACAGAUUUGCUCUGAGAGCCGGUAACGAAAAGGGUGAUGACGAGGCUGACACUGUUGGCUGCUGCUCUUUACGUUAUGAGCAUGUUGAUCUUAUUCCACCAAACACCCUCAAGUUCGAUUUCCUUGGUAAGGAUUCGAUCCGUUACGAGAACUCUGUCGAUGUGGAUAUUCAGGUGUUCAAGAACAUUAAGAUUUUCAAGAAACAAGUCGGUCCUGGCCACAUGAUUUUCGACCGCUUGACGACUGUCGGUUUGAAUAAGUAUCUCAACAGCUGCAUGAAAGGCUUGUCUGCAAAGGUCUUCCGUACAUACAAUGCAUCACACACUUUUCAGCAACAGUUGGAUAAGUUGACUGUGCCAACCGACCCUAUUUCCGACAAGAUGCUUUCUUACAACCGUGCCAACAGAGAAGUUGCUGUUCUGUGUAACCAUCAACGUACAAUCCGGGCACUUAAAUAUCAAAAUAUGAAGCUCAAAAGACAGAUUCUUACUUUGGAGCCUGCUUUGAAAAAGAAGAAGCCAGAACUCUCUGCAGAGGAUCCUGAUCUGACCGAAGAAUGGAUGAUUGAAUACGAGGCUAACCUUGUGGAAAAGGAGCGGGAAAAGAUCAAGCAGAAGUUUGAGAAACAAAACGAAAAAUUAAAGGCAGAUGGUGAAAAGCCUCUGCCGGAAUCCGAGUUAAAAGAAAGACUCAAGGCAGCAAAUGAAAUGGAAGCACGUCUCAAGAAAGAACGCAAGACCGGAAAGGUGGCUUGCAAGCCAACCAUGAAUGUAGAAAAGCUAAAGGCUGCUAUUGAGAAAACGGACGCCAAGAUUAAGAUGACCAUUGUUCAAGAAACAGACAAGGAGGAAAACAAGGAAAUUGCAUUGAGCACGUCCAAGAUGAACUACAUUGACCCUAGAAUCAGCGUUGCAUGGUGCAAAAAAUAUAACGUACCACUGGAAAAAGUGUUCAGCAAGACACUUAUUGAGAAGUUUAGAUGGGCUCAGAAUAUUGAUGAUUCAUGGAAAUUCUAAAUCCUUUAAUUCAGCAAGAAGAGAGAACGAACCAAAAGAAAUGAAAAAGAAAAAGUGAGAGAAAAAAAAAGAGGGGCAAUGAAAGACAAAAGACCCAAGAAAUUUUUGCUGUAAAAGAAAACAAAAGAACCAAAAAAAAAAGAAAAAACCUUUUGGAUUUAACAAGCAUUU